UUGAAAAAAAGCAGAAAUAUGAAAUACAGUACGAAAUACUUACGAUACAGCACUUCGUAGUUGUCAGUAGUAUUGUGCCGUAAUAGAAGUCUUGUUACAGUACGAGUAUCGACAAACAACGACAACAACAAUAAUACUCAAACCAAUGCGCGCUGCAACCCGCCGUGCCGGUUUCACAAGGGUGGCGCGUUCGGGAAGGAGUCGCUGCCACAGUCGCUGCCACGGUCGCUGCCGCUCGAAUUCCGGAGCAGCGCGGGUUCUCGUGGACGAUGCAGAAGCUCCUCCCCCUUCCGAGCGGCGCCGUUGUUCUUUUGCGUUCCCCUCGUCGACGCUUUUGCUUUUGUUGCGCACGCCGGAGGAGGCAGCAGCGGCAGAGGCAUUUGCACCUUUGGCAUCAUUGUCGCCAUCGUUGGCAUCGUUGGCAGAAAGACCAUCGGUAGCUACAGCAUCCAUAGCAUCAGCAUCCAUAGCAUCAGCAUCCAUAGCAUCAGCAUCCAUAGCAUCAGCAUUAGCGGCAUCGUCAUCGUCCUCGUCAUCGUCGUUGGAAGAAGCAAAAGCAGCAGCAGGAGAAACAGCAAAAGCAAAAGCAAUUGCCACAACCACAACCACAACCACAAGGACUGCCGCAACGGACGAGCUCGGGCUCCCCACGGGGGCCCGCCAGGCGGAAUCCGGUCCCGAAGCCCUUGCCGAAGCCCUUGCCGAAGCCGAAACCCCGCGCUCGAGGCCAGMAAACCGCGGCAAUUCCGGGAGCCACCAYCGGGGCCUCUUUCCCUGGCGGUCCUCCCCGAGGAUCCCCGACCGCCUGGUCCCGGGAACGGAGGAACACCGCACCAGGGGGAUGCUCCUGGGGGGGAACCUCACCUCGAGCCACCCUUCCCUGGACGCCAUGGCAACGAUGCGCUUUUUCCUGGGAAUCCCGCUGGCCGACGUCCUCUUCUUCCGGAAGGCCACCGAGGCGGACCUUGCCGAAGACCUGGCCUGGGCUUUUGGGAAAGCCGUGGAGGAGCUGGCGCAGGCRCAGACGCAGGCGGAGGUGCAGGUGCAGGGGGCGCGAUCCRCAGACAAACACACAGACACAGACAAACACACACACACAGACAAAAACACAGACAAACACACAGACACCACCACCACGCUCCGCACCAUGAUGGAACCCACAAAACUGGCGAGCCUCUUCGAGGCGGCGAGGGAAUUCGGGAGGGAGUCCCUCGAGGUCAAGCUGGAGGUCCGCCCGAUCCUUUCCGGCCGACCCGAAGGACGUGGCGGGACCCGGGCGGCCUCGGGACCCGAGAUCGCGAGCCUCUUUGUCUUUCCCUUCCUGUCCCGGUCGAUGCUGGCCGGCGGGAGGAACAAGGGCCACCUGCGGAAGUACUCGAGGCUCCUGGACGCCCUCACCGGGACGGGGGCCGGGCGGGGCGGCACCAAGGAAAACGAGAGCGAGAACGAGAACGAGAACGACCGCGGUGGACCGCACGGGUCCCCGGCAGAGCUGUCGGAAGAGCUGCUGGAGGACUUUCGCGAGAGGGGGGAAUGCGAGAACACCAUCGUCUGCCAGGUCCUCGUUCCGUGCCUCGAAACCUUUUGGGUGAGGGACAGGGCCACGGGAGAAAUCCUGCAACGGACCGAGGAGAGCGAGAACGAGAACGAGAACGAGAACGAGAACGAGACGGGGGCCGGGGGCUCUUGGGGAGGUGGCGACCGGGAAACAGAAACAGAUCCAGAAACAGAAACCCAGAUCGAAACAGACGCACGAGAUGUUCCGCCGGCGACCRAACCGAAACUGGUGUACCACCUGGUACGCUUCGAGCGGGUCGCCAAGRCGAAGAUCGUUCGGGGGUCRCGGAGGCUUUUCCCCUUUGAGCAGGAGCUCGGGGAGUGGACCAUCACCGACAUUGACGAUUUGUGCGACGGGAACCAGCUCUUCUGACCGCGGUGGCGGCUGGGAUCGGAACCGGGAUCGGAACCAGAAUCGUGGCGUUGCAAUGCGUGGCG